AUGACAACGCCUGCCAAAGACGAUGCCACCACUCGGGAAACCACCCUUGACCAGGAGUUCGACAGAUUGGUCCCAGUUUGCCAGCACAUCUCGAUCUGGGCGAGGAAACUGACCAGUUCGGAGAGGCCCUUGACCGCGCUGGCGGCCAAGCACGUCCAAGACCUCUGUGCCACCAUCGUACAGCUCAGGAUUUACGCUACCGAACCAAGCCGUGGCCCUGCCGAUGCUCGUCAACUCUCGCAGAGUCUCACGCGCUGCAAGAGACAGCUCUUCGAAACAAUAAGCCUGUUGAGUUUCACCAGCGGAGCAGAGCAGGAUGAUCAAGAGGGCGCCAUCAACGAACUAUACGCGCGCAGGCAUAUUUUGGGCAGUGGCACUUACAGCGACUACACGCCUCCGAGCCAUGGCAGGGUAGACGGCAUGAUUCGCUUUGGAUUAGAACUGAAAGGGAUAAUUGAAGCACUGGUCUCGGACAGCCCCGCCGCGGGACUCACGCCAGCUGCUGCGGUUACCCGCUUUCAACAGCUAGAGCCCAGGAUUCUGGAGCUGUUCACCAGCACCGACGAGCUCUUCAGCCCCCGACAUGUCCAGAAGUAUCAAAGCAUUGCAGAAACCCCAUAUAUCCUGGACACCACUGGCGAAGCGUACGCGGGCAGCUAUGGCACAGUGCAGAAGGUGGUUCAUAAGCGUACCGGCGAGCCGCUGGCAAUGAAGACGUUCCAAAACAUCUUUUCCAAGAAACAGCGUAAACAAAUUCUAAGAGAGAUUGGAAUCUUGGAGGUCUGCGACCAUCGGAACAUAGUCUCUUUUAUCCAUGCGUUCAGCACCGAGGAUGACGACCAGGCCAUACGGGUCGUCAUGUCUCCAUGGGCACCGUACACACUGCUGCGGUUUCUCAGCAGCUUCGACAACAAGAGAAAGGCUUGCUGUCCCUGGUUCCAGCCAGACGCGGCCCAGUCCAACCGGCACAUCUACCGGAUCAUGUACGAGCUGGCCGACGCAGUCGACUUUCUCCAUGGCCAUCGUAUCAAGCACAAGGAUAUCAAACCCGACAAUAUCCUCCUGUACCAGGAAGCCAGCGAGUCCCCUACGGCCUUGAUCACUGAUGUCGGCGUCAGCAAGAUCUACAAGCCGGGGGGGCCAACCAACUUUGACAAAAGCACCUACGCGUAUCUGGCGCCUGAGCAGCACGCCAAGAAGGAAAGCAGUCUGCGAUCCGAUGUGUGGCAGCUGGGGUGCUGCUUCGCAGAGCUCCUUGCGGUGGCCAAGAGCGGCUUCUCGGGCUACGAGAAGCUCCAUUACAGCUUCAACCGUGACGAGGAAGACUGCGCAUGCUCCAUUGCCCUCGAGCGCCCUUCAUUCACCGCGGCAUUCGGCGACAUCUGCAUGCGAGGCAGCGCUGCGCAGAAGAAGGCGUACGCGGUGGCAGCCGCAAUGCUGGAGCUGGAGCCGCAGGACAGGUGGACGAUCGACAAGGUCAGGGGUGAACUCUCCAAAUUGCCUGGUGUCAAGCAGAGAGCGUGA